UGAAACUUGAUGUGGCAAAUUUUUCUACGGUUUUCUGGAAUGUUCGCCUGUAUUCCUUCAAAUGUUCGAUAUGUUAUGGUUAAUUUAACUUCAAUAUAAGUGCAAAAUAUACUUUUUAUUUCGAAUGGGCCGAUGAAAAAAGCCUAGCCCCAAAGACCUUCUGUAGACUUAUUUAACGCGGAGUUUUUCCUCUACUUGAUAUUUGCAUCUCCCUGUUCCAGUGAUAUGAAGAGUUAUUCGUCAGGCUCACUGGGAAUUAUUUUGAUUUCUCUACUACUGGAAACAGAGACAUCUCAUGUUGUUUCGCCUGAUCCCGUUGUUGCUGUUGCUGAUGAUGAUGUCAUUCUACCAUGUUCCCUGUUGAAUUUCACCAAGAGUGCUGGCUUGAUAGUGAAAUGGUCGAUAUCCAACCUGAAAGACCCAACUAGGAAAGACAAGGUUGUCCAUUUUUACCGUGACGCCCGUGACUCCAAUGUGGAUCAGGAUGAAUCCUACAGGGGAAGGACGUCACUGUUUAAAGAACUGAAGAAUGGCAACGUUUCCUUAAAACUGUCCCGAGUGAAACUCUCUGAUGAAGGCAACUACAUGUGUUACAUUCUAGUUCCGGAACCGAACAGUCUAGUUCAGGAAACCAUCAUUCAACUCAUUGUUGUUGCUGUGUCCAACCCAGUGAUCUCCAUCAAUGGAACCAAAGGCAGUGGGGUGGUCCUGAAGUGUGAGGCUAAAAGCUGGUACCCCAAACCCGAGAUGAACUGGCUGGACAGUGAGAGACAGGUCCUCCUUGCUGGUUCCGCUGAGACACACAGGGACACAGAGGGCCUCUACAUUGUGAGACGCCAUGUCACCGUGAACAAGAAUGUCACCAACACGUUCACCUGUAGAGUUCAGCUUCAAAAGUUGAAUUUUACUAGGGAGACAGAGUACAAUGUUCCAGAUGAGAUGUUUCCCACAGUUCCCUGGGUGUGGAUUGCUGUUCCUGUUUUGAUAGUAUGUGUUUGUGGACUUGUGGUUGGUUUCAUGUGGAUAAAAUACCAGAAACUGAGAAAAAAGAUAGACUUUGCAGAUCAACAGAUACAAGAACUCACUGAUGAGUUGGACAGUUCCAGAAUAAAAUCUGAUCAACGUAUAAAAGAGCUCACUGACGAGCUGGGUACACGCGAACAAGAGCUCACUGAACAGCUAGCUAAACUCAAACAAGAGAGGGCUGCACUUGUCUCUUCAGUUGAUAACGGAUGCCAUAGAUUUUCAUUCUCAAGGACGCUAUCAAUGUCACUGUCAAACAAACCACUUAGAAGAAAUACAAUGGCACAUUCAAUGACUGAAAAGGCAGAUGUCAAAGAGGAUGAGGAGACGAACCCGUUACACCAAACGAUCAGAACCGCUUGACGAGGUCGCUAGUUGGGUUAAAGGAAUAGUCCACUCAAACGUAUCUUUUUUCAAACUUUUUUAAAUUUAAUCCACUGUUGCUGAAUGUUUUCCAUGUCAGCAAUCAUGUUUUCAAUACAUAGGACUUUCAAGAUGAUGAUGUCUCCAUGAUCAUAUGCUGCACUUUGCUUCUUGGAAGUGCUAUAUCUGUGAAAACCUGACUACUGACUUGCAAACAUUUUUGGGGCUGUAUCAACAUUGGACUAAUGAAACAAAUACCCUUUUUUUCUUUUUUUUCUUGGAGCAAUGGUACUAUUUCACACUUUCUAUGUCACACUAAUUUUAUGUCACACUAUGUAGCCUCGAGGAAGCCUUUCUUUGGAGAAGGUUCUUCAUUAGGUUCUUUGCUUUCUGAAUGGUUCCAAAAGAAUUGUCUUGCUAGAAGGUUGUGGGUAAAUUCCUGUUUUUAUGUUGCACUAUUUCACAUCGCUUGGCCUGUGUUUUCUACCUGUAUUGCCUCUUUAUGUUCAUGGGUUCUUUUGGGUUCUGUUGGUCAGGAACCUUAAGGGAUGUCAGCAUGUACAGUACAUUCGGAACCUUUCCACAUUUUGUUACGUUACAGCCUUAUUCUAAAGUGGAUUAAAUUAAUAAAACAAGUCCUCAUCAAUCUACACACAAUAGCCCAGAAUGACAAAGUGAAAAUAGUUUUUUAGACAUUUUUGCCAAUAUAAAAUACCUAAAACAGAAAUAUCUUAUUUACAGAAGUAUUCAGACCCUUUGCUAUGAGCCUCGAAAUUGAGCCAGUGCAUCCUGUUUCCAUUGAUCAUCCUUGAGAUGUUUCUACAACUUGAUUGGAGUCCACCUGUGGUAAAUUCAAUUGAUUGGACAUGAUUUGGAAAGUCACACGCCUGUCUAUAAGGUCCCACAGUUGACAGUGCAUGUCAGAGCAAAAACCAAGCCAUGAGGUUGAAGGAAUUGUCCAUAGAGUUCCAAGACAGGACUUUGUCAAGGCACAGAUCUGAGGAAGGGUACCAAAACAUUUCUGCAGCAUUGAAGGUCCCCAAGGACACAGUGGCCUCCUUCAUUCUUAAAUGGAAGAAGUUUGGAACCACAGACUCUUCCUAGAGUAGGCUGCCCGACCAGACUGAGCAAUCGGGGGAGAAGGGCCUUGGUCAGGGAGGUGACCAAGAACCUGAUGGUUACUCUGACAGAGCUCCAGAGUUCCUCUGUGGAGAUGGGAGAACCUUCCAGAAGAACAACCAUCUCUGCAGCACUCCAUCAAUCAGGGAUUUAUGGUAGAGUAGCCUGAUGGAAGCCACUCCUCAGUAAAAGGCAAAUGACAGCCCUCUUAGUCUACCAAAAGGCACCUAAAGGACUCUCAGACCAUGAGAAACAAGAUUCUCUGGUCUGAUGAAACCAAGAUUGAACUCUUUAGCCUGAAUGCCAAGCGUCACGUCUGGAGGAAACCUGGCACCAUCCCUACGGAGAAGCAUGGUGGUGGCAGCAUCAUGCUGUGGGGAUGUUUUUCAGUAACAGGGACUGGGAGACUCGUCCAGAUCAAGGGAAAGAUGAACGGAGCAAAAUACAGAGAGGUCCUUGCUCAGGACCUCAGACUGGGGUGAAGGUUCACCUUCCAACAGGACAACGACCCUAAGCACACAGCCAAGACAACGCAGUAGUGGCUUCGGGACAAGUCUCUGAAUGUCCUUGAGUGGCCCAGCCAGAGCCCAGACUGGAACCUGAUCAGACAUCUCUGGAGAGACCUGAAAAUAGCUGUGCAGCAACGCUCCCCAUCCUACCUGACAGAGCUUGAAAGGAUCUGCAGAGAAGAAUGGGAGAAACUCCCCAAAUAUAGGUUUGUUAAUAAGCUUGUAGCAUCAUACCCAAGAAUCAAAUCAAAUGUAUGUAUAAAGCCCUACUUACAUCAGCUGAUAUCUCAAAGUCCUGUACAGAAACCCAGCCUAAAACCCCAAACAGCAAGCAAUGCAGGUGUAGAAGCACGGUGGCUAGGAAAAACUCCCUAGAAAGGCCAGAACCUAGGAAGAAACCUAGAGAGGAACCAGGCUAUGAGGGGUGGCCAGUCCUAUUCUGGCUGUGAUUCAGCCUUAGAAUCUUCAUUUGGUGGCGAUUAUAAAAGAACAUGGCCAAGAUGUUCAAAUGUUCAUAGAUGACCAGCAGGGUCAGAUAAUAAUAAUCACAGUAGUUGUAGAGGGUGCAACAGGUCAGCACCUCAGGAGUAAAUGUCAGUUGGCUUUUCAUAGCCGAUCAAGAAGACUCGAUGCUGUAAUCGCUGCCAAAGGUGCUUCAACAAAGUGCUGAGUAAAGGGUCUGAAUACUUAUGUAAAUGUUAUAUUCCCAUUUACAUAAUACUUAUGUAAAUGUAAUAUUCCCAUUUACAUAAUACUUAUGUAAAUGUAAUAUUUUUAUUUGUUAUAAAAUUGCACAGCAUAUGACACAACCAGACACCAUUAUAUGAAGAUUCUAAGGUUGAAUCACUUUUCUGUCAUAUAAUACUGAGUUACUUUUCUGUGAUAUAAUGCUAUUUCUAAUGCUGAAGCACAUGUAUUGGUGGUAUGUCUUUGAUACUUCCAGUGGGAAAAAUGUUUGGAGUCUUAGGCUGAUUUAAUCCAAGGUGCUUUUUAGAGCAGCUACUAGACAGCCUUUAUAAAGGCAAUUUCCUUGGAUUGAAUCCCGGCUUUAUUCUCUUAAUUUAUUAUUAGUAUUAGUAUUGUUGCAGUACUAGUACGCCUCUAGAUAGCACCUUGUAUUGGUUCUACCUGGAAAUAUAAAUAAUAUUUAAUGAGAGGGUUCUACAAGGCACCACAAAGGGUUCCCCUACAGGGACAAAUCAAAGAACCCUAUUGUUUCUCCAAAAAUGUUUUCUAAGUAGAACCUUUAACCUUUGAAUAACCUUUAUUCAUAUUUGCUAAAGAUCCAAUGCAGAUGUUUUUAUCUCUAUCAAAUAAUUUCUGGGUAACAAUUAAGUACCUUACUGUGAUUAUUUUCAAUUAAAAUGGUCAAAAACAAACAAAAAUUGCUUUUUAGCAAGCAAAAAUGUAGCUAGGACUGUCUGGGAGUGUUGUGGGGAGGGGAAACUAGCUGUUAUUGGCAGAGAGGUUUGGAACUCUUUAUUAUUUGUCUAUUAACUAAUUUACUGCUUGGUGAUGAUGAUGAUGAUGAUGAUGAUGAUAAUAAUGUUUUAUUGUCACAUACACCGGAUAGGUGCAGUGAAAUGUGGUGUUUUACAGGGUCAUCCAUAGUAGUGGAACAAAUUAGGGUUAAGUGCCAAGCAGGCCAAAACUCUAUCCAGCCAAAACAGGCUGAAAUGCCAGAGAGUCUUUUCAAACAGCUCCAACACUAAAAGGGCAUAAUCAUAAUUUUCACAAUUUCACAGUAUUAUUCCAACCUCAUAGUGUGAAAAUAAAUAUAGAACACAGGAAAACAUAUUUUUGACUGCACUGGGCCUUUAACAUACUGAAUAAUCAUUGCUUACAUAGUUUAGACCACCCAGGUCAUAGGUUAUUGCAGUUCAUCAGGGCCAGAGACAUGAAUAUGAACAUGCCAGUUACUAAAGUAGCUAUGUUUACAACACCAGAGGCUGCUGAGGAGGACAGUUCGUGAUAAUGGCCGAAACGGAGUGAAGGGAACGUCACCAAACCUAUUGAAACCAUGGGUUUGUCUUUGAUACAUUUCCACCUAUUCCACUCCAGCCAUUACCACAAGCCUGUCCUCCCCAAUGAAGGUGCCACCAACCUCCUGUGGUUUACGAAGAUCCUGUCAUUAUGCAUGUUCAAUGUGUGCAAAAAAGGACGGCAUGAUAAGGGUCUCUACUUAGAACCUUGAUGCUACCUACUGUUCUAAAUAAGGUUAUCCAAGGCCACAAAAAGGGUUCCCUUUAUUUUAUAUUUUGUUCUAGAGUGUUCUAGAACUCUACUCACUACCCUGUGCUUUGUUCAAUACAAAUACUAAAGAGUGGGAAUUCUCACUAAACAACACUCAUCAGAUCAAGCACCUGCAGAAAGACUGUACGUAAAGAGUAGCGCAUACAUCUUGGGCUGUUUGUAUAAAAGGUGCUCAUUAAUUUAAGUUUAUGACUUUUUAGUACUGUGUCUGUCCAGUCUCAUUUUGUUUUGUAUAGUCUGUUUUAGCAAGUGUUGUGCUGUGAUAUGUUAAUUCUUGUCACUCUCUCACCCGCUCUCUGGAGACUGAGCUCUCAUACCUCAGAACCUCCUGCUGGGUCUGUGGAAGUGAUGUGUCCACAAUAAAAAUGUACAAUAAUUUGAAAAUCA